AUGUCGGAUAGUUUUAACCGAGCUCCAGGUGCUGGCCGGGGCCGGCAUCGAGGAUGCGCUGCUCCCCUCAGCGGUGCGUGCAUGUCGGAGAGCGGCGGCGGGGCCUGUCUCGGGGGCAGUGGUUCCUACAGUUCAGGCUCGGCCGAGCAGCAGCAUCGGAUAGGCGGCCUCUUCCCGCAGCAGGAACCGUUGCGACCUCCGAAGACGGCGCCGCUGGGCACUGGAAACGCAGAACACCAGCAAAAGGCAAGAAUUCCAUCUGGAUCACAAGAUAAAGUUUCAGUUCCUAAUCCUGGAUCGGAAAUGGCUGAACCUCAGGUGGCUGUGGCUCCUGUGGUAAGGUCAAAGUUGUCUGUUAAAGCACCUGAGUUUUACCCAUCAGGAUACAACCAGAACUUCAAUCAGAACUUCACAGAUUCUUCCUUUGAAGAUGGAUAUGAUGGCUAUCUGACUUUGGCAGAAUAUAUACAAGACUUCCUAAAUCACCUCAUCGAGCAACCAGGUUGUUUUGAAACUGAAAUAGAGCAGUUUGCCGAAAUACUGAAUGGCUGGGUCACUGCAGAUGAAACAUUGCAAGAACUUGUUGAACUCGUAUAUCAGCAGGCCACAUCUGUCCCGAAUUUUUCUUACAUGGGAGCAAGGUUGUGUAACUAUCUAUCUCACCAUCUAACCAUUAGUCCACAAAGUGGGAACUUCCGACAGUUGCUACUUCAAAGGUGUCAAACAGAGUAUGAGAACAGAGAUGAAGCUACCAAAGGAGAUGAGACUACUCAAAAACAAUUUCAUGCCUUUGUGUUGUUCUUAGCUGAACUUUACCUUAACCUAGAGAUUAAAGGAACAAAGGGUCAGGUAACGCGAGCAGAAAUUCUUCAAGAAGGCCUUCGGGAAUUACUAAAUGCACUCUUCUCUAAUCCCGUGGAUAAUAAUUUGAUAUGUGCAGUGAAACUGCUGAAGUUGGCAGGCUCAGUUUUAGAAGAUGCCUGGAAAGAAAAAGGAAAGAAUGAUAUGGAGGAAAUGAUUCAGAAAAUUGAAAAUGUUGUGUUGGAUGCAAACUGUAGCAGAGAUGUGAAACAUAUGCUUCUGAAACUAGUAGAACUACGAUCAAGUGACUGGGGUAGAAUUCACGGAACUUCUCCACAUACAGAAGCUACCCCUGAAAAUGACCCAAACUAUUUUAUGAAUGAACCAACAUUUUACACUUCUGAUGGUGUUCCUUUCACUGCAGCAGAUCCAGAUUACCAAGAAAAAUAUCAAGAGCUGCUUGAAAGAGAGGAUUUGUUUCCAGAUUAUGAAGAAAAUGGAACAGACUUAUCAGGACCUAGAGAUCAGCAUUUUGAUGACCUUGAUGACAAGAUGGAUCCAGAAAUUGAAGAUGCAUAUGAAAAAUUCUGUCUAGAAUCAGAAAAAAAGAGAAAACAGUGA